AGGUUGGGCUUUGCUAAAUCGGGUGCUCGAACUUUUGAUAUAAUAUUCAAGAUAUAAGAACUAAUACCCAUGACUCGAAGUUGACUAUAAAGUUGGAAAUAUGGCAAAGAAAAGCACAUCUAUAUCAUCAAUAUCAAUUUCAAGAUGCAAAAGAAUAGUUAGACCAUUGAUAUCCAAGAUUCAUGCCCUUACAGAUAUGAAAAGCAAGUAUCCUACAAAAUUACAAUUUACUUCAUUGGAAGCAGCAUUUAGCAAGGUGCCAUUGGGCCACAAGGCCUGUCAGAGAUCAAGACCUUCGAGCCGAAACGGCUUUGCUAGCCAAAAGAGUUCUAUUCUUAUAAACAAAAGGAAAGCCAUUAUUGUGGAUGAUCUUAUGGAUGAAUAUGAUGACGAUUUGAGUUUCUGUAUGUCUGAUGAAGUUCCUGAAGAGAAACCAGAAUUACUGAAUGAAUAUGUCAAAUUUAUCAGACCCGAGACAUCUAACGAAAGGCUAGAAUCUUUAGAGCCAUUUGUCAGUAUUGAGCUCUAUCAAUCAUAUGGUGAAAUACUUCAGAUAUUCCGGAACAUAGUGCUAACUUUAUUUCCUACUCCAAGCAGGGAAUCCGUUACCAAACUAUCGACUUUAUGCUCGUUUCAAAUUGGUAAAUCCAUUGCAUUAUCAACCAAGUCAACAUAUUACAUGAUCAACCGAGUAUCGUUAUUCAACCCACUGGAGAUUUCAGUAGAAGCACAAAUAUUUAAUCAAGAUUUGAAUGAUGACAUAGAUGAGUGGCUAGAAAUGCCGCCGUCAGUUGUGAGUCUGCAUUAUAGGAGUGAUUUACUAAUGGGAUACGUGAUUCAUUUGAUUAUAUUCAAUCUGCGGAACCUUUUAUACCCAUUGAUACCUGUUUUAUUGCAUUGGUUAGAAGAAGAAUUUAGAGUUAGUGGGGACCAGAAACUUCGAUCAAUCAUGAGAACCCUAUUUAUAGAAUAUUGGAGAGAAGGAUCAGAUAAUAAGGACCAGUUGAAUGGAACUGAAUCGGGGAAAUUCCAGCUCUAUUGGGAUUUUUUUAAAAUUGGAUAUUGGGAGUCAUUAAUCGAAAGUUUAGACUUGCAAACGUUAAGCGGCCAGUCAUACGAUGGAUUAAUAUUGGAGAGUUUAACUAAUAAUGAUCGAUUGAGUGAAAUGACCUCCGAUAUUAGUUUAGAAAAAGAUAUUUAUCCUAUCAUCAAAAGAAACCCGCAAAACAGUUGCAUUAAUGUAGUAUUAAUCAACAUUAUGACUCAGAUAAUAGUUGAUUUCAAAAGAAGGUUUCACUCCAGCAAAACAACUGAGGCUGUUUUAGGAUUAUUUCAAGAAACGUACCAGGGAAUGGUUGAGUUCCUGGGGUUGUGGAUAUCGUUCAGAGAUUCUAGAGAAAUGAUAUUUAACUCUUUGUACCCUGGGAAUGAAGAGAUAUUUGAAGGAAUAAUCAAGUUCGUACAGUAUUUGACUUACAAAAAUGGACUAAUCAUCAAGCAUUUGCAAGGAACAGUGAUUACCAAGGACAGAAUCCAAGAGCUCCAAAGAACGCUACACCAGUAUAAACUGCUUGAAGUGAUUUAG